UGUUCUGUGGCGGUAUCGCAAUCCACAGAAUCGAUAAUAAUAUUAUUAUUACCACAGAUUAUAUAUUUUAUAUAAUCUGUGUUAUUACAUCCAUUAUACUUUCGUAAGAUUCCACCGCGUCGUCGUAUCACAGAAUACGCACAAUAACGCUUAUCAAUAUCGACCGAUUUUAUACAUUUUGUUUUAUCAAUUAUUAUUGUUGGCGGAACGCUUAUUAUUAUUAAUUAAUAUUACUACCUAUUUAAUAUUAUUUUCUAAUUGUUGUGCUAGUGAUUUUAACAUUUAAAUCAAUUUUCUAUUACAACAUUUACGUUUACGCGGCGUAGAGAAAUAUAUAAUUUUUAAUGCACAUCAAUUAAUCGUUUUUUAAUGUCAAUCGUUCGUUUGCCGGCGGUGGCGGCCAGAUGACGGCUUUAUCGUUGAAUAUUUGAUUUGUUGUUAAAGACGACGGUCCGACAGCGCUAGACAAAUAUCGACAUAAUUAUUGUAAUGGUGUCGAUGGCGCCAACGGUGUUUACGAACCGCCGGGGAUAAAAACAAUCGGGAUUUAGGUACCUGGACGAGAGUAGAAUUCUUUUGGCACACCACUGCCUGUUCACAUUGUACGCUCUAGUGCCCUACGCAAACACGUCCAUGAAGGCGAUAUUCAAAGAUUUAUAAAUGACAUGCAGUUACAAAAAAAUACAAGAUAAUCAAUGGAUUUCAUUAGGCGGACAUCAUUAUUGUUCGUAUUAUCGUUAUUACUCGUCAAGCAAUCAACACAAAUCAAUAAUCCUCCUAGUGGAUAUUGUGCUCAGUAUAAUGGGAAGAUAUGUAGAAAAUAUUUAAAUGCUUCAAUUCUUAUAUGGUUUAACAACACUUUGACAAAUGAAGGAAGUGAACAAAAUGAAAUAAUCACUACCGGCCUAUGGGAAGAAAUGUUGCCUAGCUUUUCAAAAACAUGUAGACCAGCAGCAGAAAAACUUCUAUGUUUAUAUGCAUUUCCUCAUUGUAAUCAAGAUACGUCUUAUUUUCCACUUUGUUAUGAAGAUUGUAUUGCAGUACGAGAAUUAUUUUGUUAUAAAGAAUGGGCAUUGAUUGAGGCAAAUAAACAAAGAGGAAUUUUUUAUAAAUCUAAAGGACAUUUUUCUUUACCACUUUGUGAGAACCUACCACAUAACUCACAGAAUGGUAAACCUGUAUGUUCACAUGCCAUGCUCACAGAGCUAAAACAAGAUGAAAUAACAAUUGAUUGCAUUCGUGGCAAUGGUCGUUUCUAUCAAGGAUAUAUGAAUGUAACUAAAUCGGGUUUGGCAUGCCAAAGAUGGGAUUCAAAAGUUCCGCAUGAAUUUGUAAGACCACCAAAUGUAUUUCCUGAAGUUCAGAAUUCUGAAAAUUAUUGCCGAAAUGCUGGAGGUGAAGUAUCUUCUCCGUGGUGUUAUACUAUGGAUCCUGAUGUGAGAUGGCAAAAAUGUGAUGUACCCCUUUGUGAUAAAAAUGAAACUGAAAUAGUGGAAACAAAACUUGAUAUCAUUAAUAAUGACACAGCUAUAAAUAUCAUUACAAUGAUCUUAAACCAUAUUGAAACGUUUAUUGAUCAAACAUCAACAACACAUCUGCACAUAUUUCUUGUUAUUGUUGGAGUUCUGAUACUUUUAGUAUCAGUUUUAAUAUUAGUGUUGUGCAACAAGUUGUUGUCCAAUAAAACUUCAUAUAGAUCUACACAAACUCGAGAAGUUGAUAUAGAUUUAGAUAAAUUACCAAGUAAUUCUGCAUAUCAUCAAUAUGGAAUGUGUUCAAAUCCAAAAUUAGAAAAACUUGAAUUUCCCAGAAACAAUAUAAUAUAUGUAAAAGACUUGGGCCAAGGAGCAUUUGGGCGUGUAUUCCAGGCCAAAGCACCUGGUCUGCUGAAAGACGAAGAAUUUACAUUGGUUGCUGUAAAAAUGUUAAAGGAUGAAGCUUCAAACGAUUUACAAGUUGAUUUUGAACGAGAAGCUUGCCUAUUGUCAGAAUUUGAUCAUCCUAACAUUGUUAAGUUAUUGGGAGUUUGUGCUUUAGGUAAACCAAUGUGUUUACUUUUUGAAUACAUGGGCCGUGGGGACUUAAAUGAAUUUCUUCGUUCAUGUGCACCUAGCAAUUACAUUGUACAUUCAGCUGAAGCUAGGGGUGAUGUUUUUCGUGAUUUAAAUCUUACAAACUUGGAUAUGCUGAAAAUAGCUCAACAGAUUGCUUCUGGUAUGGUUUACCUAUCCGACAGAAAAUUUGUACACAGAGAUUUAGCGACCAGAAAUUGUUUGAUCGAUGAUACAAUGACAGUAAAAAUAGCAGAUUUUGGGCUUUCGCAGAAAAUGUAUUUACAAGACUAUUACAAAGGUGAUGAACAUGAUGCCAUACCUGUUCGAUGGAUGCCUUUAGAGAGCAUUCUUUACAAUAAAUAUACAGUUGAAUCAGAUGUCUGGGCAUUUGGUGUGUGUCUUUGGGAAAUUUUUUCUUUUGCUCUUCAACCGUAUUAUGGCAUGACACAUGAAGAAGUCGUUAAAUUCAUCAAAGAUGGCAACGUUAUGAAUUGUCCUGAAAAUACUCCAAAAUUAGCAUAUGAGCUUAUGAAACAAUGCUGGAGUCGAAAACCUGAUUCACGACCUACUUUCCGUACAAUUUAUCAAACUUUAGAAAAUGUUCGACAAGAAGUUGUUUGCCGUAUGAAUGGUGGUCUGCCUACACAUGCUCAUUUGUGAUUUAUUGAAAUUUUUAUACAAUAAUAUGUGGAAAACUAUUAAGCUAUGUUGUAUUUUAUAUCAUUGUCUUAUUGUGUAACAAUCUACAUCUUGUAUACAUAUUAUAUUAAACAACCAACAUGUUUAAUUUACUUCCUCAAUGACAAUAAUUUUGUUUAUAUCAUUGAUAAAAUCAUUUUUUAAGACUGUUUUAGUAGAAUAGUAAUUUAUUUUUUGCUAAUUUAUUUCCCUUAAGCACUUGAUUUUAUUUUCUCAAUGGAAACUUUUACACAAACAAUAUUAUUUGAGGUUUAAUUUUAAUUUUUUUACUUACCAUAUAAUAUAUUAAUAUUAUAUUUUCUUAAAUAUUUUUUAAUACUUAACAAUAUUAUUGUAAAUUAUUUUUAAUUCAGGAAGUAAAGUUUGCCAAAAAUAAUGUUUGAUAGUUGGCAAUAAUCUGAUUUUUACUUUUAACUCUUGAUAAUCUGUACAAUUUAAAAUAUUUUUGUUUUAGUAAAUAUCUCUACUCUGUAGGC